CCUCACCCAUUCCUCCACUUUCAGUGCGCCUCCAACGUGUCUGCUGCAUCUUCGGGGGAGCAAGAUGAUUUUUUCUUUUCUUUUCUUUUCAGCCCAUUCCUUAAUGUUUCUUCGCGACCUUCUUUGUCCAUCUUUUUUUUUUCUUUUAAGAGUUGACUGCAACUAAAGUAUGCUGUGGAAUGCGCCACACGAGAGCUUGGCCAUGCGCGAGGAACGUGCUUUUUGGGUGAGCAUUGACAGAUGGAAGAAGUAAAAAAGACAGCACCCGGAAUGGGUCCCUCCUUGCUGUUAAUUUGGGGAGCUUUACUCUUCAACUUCAGGCUCGUGGACGCCAAGGAGUACGACCCCCGUUCCUCAUCAAACAUGUCGCCGUCCGACUUUCUGGACUCGCUCAUGGGUAGAACAUCUGGCUACGACGCGCGAAUACGACCCAAUUUUAAAGGUGCCCCCGUAAACGUUUCAUGCAAUAUUUUUAUCAACAGCUUCGGCUCGGUCACGGAGACGACCAUGGUCCACCCGUUAACGUUACCUGCAACAUAUUUAUCAACAGCUUCGGUUCUAUAGCUGAAACUACCAUGGAUUACAGAGUGAAUAUCUUCCUGCGGCAGAAGUGGAACGACCCCCGGCUGGCGUACAGCAAAUACCCAGACUCCUCUCUGGACCUGGACCCGUCCAUGUUGGACUCUAUUUGGAAGCCCGAUCUCUUCUUCGCCAAUGAGAAGGGCGCCAACUUCCACGAUGUCACCACGGACAACAAGCUGCUGAGAAUCUUCAAAAAUGGGAAUGUCCUCUACAGUAUCAGGUUGACUCUCAUCCUGUCCUGCCCGAUGGAUCUGAAGAACUUCCCUAUGGAUGUCCAGACGUGUACAAUGCAGCUGGAGAGUUUCGGUUAUACCAUGAACGAUCUGAUCUUCGAGUGGCUGGAGAAUGGCGCCGUGCAGGUGUCAGAUGGUCUGACGCUGCCUCAAUUUAUCAUGAGGGAGGAAAAAGAGCUGGGCUAUUGCACCAAGCACUACAACACAGGCAAAUUCACCUGCAUUGAGGUUAAAUUCCAUCUGGAACGUCAGAUGGGCUACUACCUGAUCCAGAUGUACAUCCCCUCCCUCCUCAUUGUCAUCCUCUCAUGGGUGUCCUUCUGGAUCAACAUGGAUGCCGCCCCCGCCCGAGUGGCACUUGGUAUUACCACUGUGCUCACCAUGACCACGCAAAGCUCCGGCUCCAGAGCGUCUCUUCCAAAGGUCUCCUAUGUGAAAGCCAUUGAUAUCUGGAUGGCGGUGUGUCUGCUCUUUGUAUUUGCGGCAUUGCUCGAAUACGCUGGGGUUAAUUUCGUCUCCAGGCAACAGAAGGAGUUUCUGCGCUUGAGGCGAAGACAAAGAAAGAAUCACAAGGAUGAAGACAUGCGUGACGGACGUUUUAAUUUUGCUGGCUACAAUAUGAACCAGUGUCUGCCAAGCAAGGACGGCUCAGCUGUUAAGAAUGCCGCCCCGGCCGCCGCGAACCCUCAGCCCUCUGUCCCCAAAGACACGGAAAACAUGAAAAAGAAGUUUGUGGACCGAGCCAAGCGGAUAGACACGAUCUCUCGAGCUGCUUUUCCUCUGGCCUUCCUCAUAUUCAACGUCUUUUACUGGAUCACCUACAAGAUAAUCAGGCACGAGGACAUCGACACAAAGUAGAGACUCGCUAUCCGGUUUAUUUUGCAGACUUGAAAUAAGAUUGUUGAGGAGCAAUGCCAAGUGAUGUUCUUUCAGGGAUGUUUGUGAAUCUAACGGGAAUGUUCAGGGCGUAGUAUGGGGGGGGGCACUGAAGAUUUAGUAGCAUUCCGGUUACGGUGGACCAAAUCUUUUUCUAACCCAUCUUUGCCUUGAGGUCUGUACAAUUACGGAAACAAAGAUGCUAUUUGUAAUCGGGGGGUAGCUUAGUUUGAGCCUCCGAGACUUCUCCAGGUUGCCACGGGAGGAACUUCUUAUCAAAAGGAUUUGUUUUAUAUUACUAUCUACUAUCACAACACUUCCUUUAAAGACAAUAUACUGUAAGGCAAUCAAGGUAGAAGAAGAUGGAAGAAGCAAAAGCACAUGAUGGCAUCUUGUGCGUUUGGAAUAAUUCAAGGGUCUCCUGAAUAAAAGGGGUAGGAAAAAAAAAAAUCCCUACCAAGAAGUGAGUUCUUCUUUGGGAUGUGACGAUUCUCUAUCGACCAAUCAGCCGACCACCACUGAACCGCAGUGGUGAGCUUAACUUCUACCAAUGAAAAAAAGCAAAAAAAAAAUACGAUAGUGUUUGGUGAUAAUGGGAUUUUUGUCCUUUACCUUUUGUUAGCCAGCUACGAAGCGCAGUAAGUUUUAUGAGGUCCAUAUAAUCGGUAAAACAUUUUCAGUAUAGUCUACUGGACCCGGUUGCCACAAAAGUCACUUUACACUUCAUUUCUCAUUUGUGUCAUCAAUUGAAGGGAAGCAGACUAAUCAUCAUUGUUUUUUCUCUCCUCAACUGCAAUUAAGCAGAAAAAAACAGUGUGUAGUGACUUUUGGGACAACCAGGGUUUUCCAAGUUUGGGUCCCUGGGAUUUUUUUUUUUUUUUUUUUUUAAUUGUGCCCUUGACAGUGAGUGUAAAAUACUCAUCGACUGAUCACAGAGCAAGGACACAAUUUCUAUUUGGUCCAUGUAAAUUUGUGCGUGUCAACGUCGGGGCACUGAUGUACAGUGUAUUUUUGUAAGUUUGGAUCCGAGGGAGGAACCGAGUUUCUACUUUGAAUUCUGAACUGAAACUUUGACAAACUAUUUUACAGUUUCAAAGACAUUUUGAGUGUAUAGUAACGUCGUCCAAGUAAAUGCACCAGAUCUUUUUUUUUUUUUUUUUGUAGCUUUAGUCCAAUAAAGUAUAACUGAGGGAGCGCUUGGGUAAAUUGAAAAAUAAAUAACCUUUCUGUAUACUUGUCUCGCCACGGGCUGUGUACCUUUUGACAUGUUGGAUGGAGAUAUGCACUGCAGACAGCGGCGGCAGUGGGCGGAAGGACGACGCUGAAACUGCCUUGCGCGUAUUCUAUAGAACUAAUGGACCUGGAGAACUCUUUUUGAAUGCUACUAUUGAAAACAUUUAUUUAUCAGCCUGAACAUCAAUAAACAUAACCGC